GCCCAGGCUGGAGUGCAGUGGCGGGAACUCAGCUCACUGCAAGCUCCGCCUCCCGGGUUCACGCCAUUCUCCUGCCUCAGCCUCCCGAGUAGCUGGGACUACAGGCACACACCACUAUGCCAGGCUAAUUUUUUUUAUGUAGAGACAGUGUUUCACCACGUUGCCCAGGCUGGCCUCAAACUCCUGAGCUCAAGUGAUCCGCCUGCCUUGGCCAGACUCCAGGGCAGCCUCGCCAGCUCCAUGGGUCCACCAAUGGCCUCUCAGCCCCAGCACCACUGA